CCUAGCAACGAUCCAUGACAACAGGCCAGUGAUGGACGCUAGCAAGGCCGCGGGGCGUUAAGACCACCACCCGCAAAAAAAGUGGUCGCCGAAAGAUAAUAAAUGAUCUAUAUGAACGCGAGAUGUUGCACAAGAAGUCUAUAAAAAUCUGAAAACCUGACUUUGUGAUAAACGGUGUGAAUUUACCAUUUAAACGGUUGAAGAUUGAUCAACUCCUUGAAAAUGACAGACGAACUGGAACUGAACGACACUCGUGUCGAAUUCAUGGCAGACUAUACUCUCAAGACUCUCAAAUGCAAGGCAGACAGAUUUGCCAAAAUGUACAGUCUGGAUGAAAGCAAACAGCUUUUCACGGACUUUUUUGAAAAAUCGGACAUCAUGAGCAUUUUGAUCAUUGCCACUGCGUCUGGAGGGCUCAAUGUUCAGUAUGAGUGGCCAAACAAUCCCAAGGGCAAAGCAUGUUACUUUGUAAAGAAGUCAAAGGAGCCCAUCACUAAAGAUGCCAACUUAAGAACUACACUUCUUUAUGGAGAUAUGUCUCAGUUCCCAUUAGACCAGCUGUCAGCAUUUGUUGAUGAGGUGCUUGUGCCUUUACUGUCAAAUGAGAAGAAUCAUGAUCACUGGCCUAAAGUUGUCUCUGAAGAUGUCAAACGGCAUGUACACAACCUAAAGAGCAAUGUAUAUGUAGUAUGUGGUCAAGCCAAAGGGAAGACACUCUUGCCUCUGCCUGUGGGAGCAGACAGAGUGGAAACUGUGGAGGAAGAUAAAAGUGAUGAAUAUGACCGCACCCUGGUGCAUGCUAUUGAGACAGUAGUCAUUGAGUGGACACAUCAGAUCCGGGACGUCCUUAAGAGAGAUUCUGCCCAGCCUCUUCUAGAGGGCCUCCAUCCAACUCCUUUUGUAGAAAUCAAGUUUUGGGAGAACAAGGCUCAGAAUCUGGAAUGCAUCUAUGAACAGCUUAGUGAUCCAAAAGUUCGGAAGAUGGCAGAGUUGCUUGAGAAAACUAAGAGUAGUUACUCUCCUUCUUACAAAAGUACUUUCAGGGAUGUUGUUGAAGCACUGCAUGAGGCUCAAGACAUCAACAUGUAUCUCAAGCCCUUGCGGCGCCUUUUUGAAGAUCUGGAGCAGGCAGAGUUUGACAUGUGUGCUCCAAUGCUGCCCCCUUUAUUGCACACAGUGUGCCUAGUGUGGGCAAACUCGAAAUACUACAACACACCUGCUCGCAUUAUUGUUCUGCUUCAGGAGAUCUGUAACAUGAUCAUUGAAAUGGCCAGAAAUUUCUUGGCACCAGAUGAAAUCUUCAAGGGUGAAGUUGAAGAAACCAUUGACAAAGUCAGAAAAGCCAACAAGGUGUUGCUAUCUUUCAAAGAAUCCUAUGAAGAGCAUCGCAAGAAACUUAAGGACUACUUCAAAGAUGGUGCUGAACCUAGAGAGUGGGAGUUUGCAUCAGAGCUGGUCUUUGGGCGCUAUGACUUAUUCACAAUGCGAGUUCAAACAAUUGAAACUCUGAUGGACACAGCUAUGGAGUUCAUGAAGCUAGAGAAAGUUGAGCUUGGAGGAGUGCAGGGCAAGACCCUGUCAGCACAGGUUGUCAGUGUCUUUGAGGACUUCAAUGAACAGUACAAAGUCUUUGCCGAGGGCACUUAUGACUGCUUAGAUCCAACUCAGCCGGAGUUCCUUCGGGUGUACGAAAACUUUGUUGAAAAGAUUAGUGAUAUUGACAGACGCAUGGCGACCAUCAUCUGUCAAGGCUUCGAUGACUGCUCUGGCCUGGAGGCAACCUUCAAGCUAAUCGACAUCAUGGGAAGCUUGCUGGACCGUGAACUUAUCAAGGCUGACUUUGAUUCCAAGUAUCCUCUGAUAGUCAAGAUGAUGGAUGAGGAUCUCGAUGAGGUAAAAGCGAUAUAUGAUCAACAGAUGGCCUUCAAGAAAGCUAAUGGAUGGGCACCAGUACACAAGAACAUGCCCAAAGUGUCUGGCAGCUUGCGCUGGUCAAAAGAGAUGCGGGAUCGAAUCUCUGUUCCAAUGGGCAAAUUCAAACACUUAGAACAUCCAUGCAUGCAAUCCGAGGAUGCACAGCUAGUCUUCACGAAAUAUGAAGAAAUGAUGAACCUUCUUGCUCAGUGGGACAAAGAUGUCUACCAGGACUGGAUUGCUGGAGUGGAUGAAGCCUGUUCAUUCAAUCUCAAUCGACCACUCAUCUCCAGGAAUGAAGAGACAAAGCUUAUCUCUGUGAACUUUGACCAAAAGCUGGUAGCUGUGUUGAGAGAGGUGAAGUACCUGGAGAUCAGGGCCGAGGAAGAGAUCCCGCCAAGCGCUGCCGCCAUGUACUCAAAGAAUGAGAUGUUCCGCAAGUUUCUGGCCAACCUGGACCUGACAGUGCAGUGGUACAACAAGGUCCGGCGCACUGUGCUGGAGGUGGAGUUCCCGCUCAUCGAGGGUCAGCUGCAGGACAUCGAUGUGCAGCUUGAGCAGGCUGAGAAGUCCCUCAACUGGGAGAGCGAAGGCGUCUGGGAAUACAUCGAGCAGACGAGGGACAAGGUGCAUGACCUCGAGACCCGAGUUCAGAAGGCUAAGGACAACGUGGAGGACAUACAGAAAAUUAUGACCACAUGGUCAAAGCAGCCUCUGUUUGAGCGAAAAGAGGAAAAAAAUGACACGCUUCUCAACCUUGACGACCGGGAGGACAGGCUCAACAAACGCUACACGGACAUCAAGGCCGCGGGACAGAGAAUCCACGACCUUCUCGCGCAAAACAGGGAAUUUUUCAAAGCCAGCCCCGAGACAGAAACAUGGAAGGCCUAUGUGGACUAUGUGGACGAAAUGGUUGUAGAAGGAUUUUUCAACACCAUCAAGUGCAGCUUACAGUUCUUACUCAACAACACUGACUUGAAGUUGUCACCAGACCCAUUGUAUGAGGCUCGUCUUGAGCUGCAGGUGCCGGAAAUGGUGUUCAUGCCUUCUCUAGACUUUAAUGUUCCCUAUGGCUUCUAUGACCUGGUGGACGGGCUGGUGGGAGACAUCUAUAGGCAGUCAUCUCUCAUCCCUCGUCUGGCUUCGCAUUCUGGACAGGAGCAUUACCAACCGGACAUGGACGAGACGGAGGAGCUGUCGGAGAUGCGCCAAGAGUUGAUGGACCGCGUGCAGACGAUCAUGAACAAGGCCAACGAAUACCGCAACUCUUUUGACAACUAUGCAUACUUGUGGGUGGACGACCGCAACGAGUUCAUGCGGCAGUUCCUGCUGUACAAUCAUGUCCUCACGGCCGAGGAGAUUGAGGCUCACGCAGACGAGGGCGUUCCGGAAAAUCCACCUACGCUAAACCAGUUCAAAGAACAGAUUGAUACCUACGAGAAGAUCUACCAAGAGGCGGAUCAGAUGUCUGGUAUCACCAUCUUUGACAGCUGGUUCCGCGUGGACGCCAAGCCUUUCAAGCAAGCUCUUCUGAACAUCAUCAAGCGUUGGAGCUUCAUGUUUAAGCAGCAUCUCAUAGAUCAUGUGACCAACAGCCUGAAGGAGCUUGCGGAGUUCAUCAAGUCAACAGACUCCGGCCUUCAGAAGGAAGUGAAGGAAGGGGACUACGAGGGUCUGGUGUUUGUCAUGGGUCACCUGUUCGCCGUGAAAGAGAGACAGGCUGCCACAGACGAGAUGUUCGAACCCCUUAAGCAGACCAUCGAACUGCUCAAGGCCUACGAUCAGGAGAUGCCAGAGGAAGUGCACAUGCAGCUUCAGGAACUGCCAGAGCAUUGGAACAACACCAAAAAGAUCAGCAUCACAGUCAAACAGCAGGUGGCGCCUCUGCAGGCUAACGAGGUGGCUAACAUCCGGCGGAAGUCGGCGUCCUUUGACGUCAAUCAGCACAAGUUCCGAGAAAAGUUCCGCAGUAUUCCACCAUUCCGAUACGACUGCGAGCGUCCAUAUCUUCUUCUGGAUAGGAAUCAUGAAGAGAUCCAGUUCAUGGAGAAGGAGAUGGCCAUGCUGAUAGAGUCGGCUGGGCUGUUUGAAGUGAACGUGCCGGACUUCAAGCAGCUGAAGCAGUGUCGCAAAGAAAUCAAAUUGCUCAAGUUGCUGUGGGACUACAUCAUCAUCGUCCGCUCGUCUAUCGAGGACUGGAAGACGACUCCAUGGAAAGGGAUCAACGUAGAGCAGAUGGACCUCGACUGCAAGAAGUUCGCCAAAGACAUCAGGUCGCUGGACAAAGAGAUGCGUGCCUGGGACGCUUACACAGGCCUGGAGAACACUGUGAAGAACAUGCUCACCUCUAACAGAGCGGUCAGCGAGCUCCAGAACCCGGCCAUCCGAGAUCGCCACUGGCAGCAGCUCAUGGCAGCAACAAAGGUGCGGUUCAUGAUGGACGAGAGCACGACACUGGCGGAUCUUCUGUCGCUGAAUCUGCACAACUACGAGGAGGAGGUGCGCAACAUCGUGGACAAGGCGGUGAAAGAGAUGAGCAUGGAGAAGGUGCUGAAGGAGCUGGACAGCACGUGGACCGCUAUGGAGUUCGAGCACGAGAAGCACCCGCGCACCAACAUCACCAUGCUCAAAACCAGCGAGGAGCUCAUCGAGACGCUGGAGGACAACCAGGUUCAGCUGCAGAACAUGAUGACGUCCAAGUACAUCGCCCAUUUCCUCACCGAAGUAUCCUCGUGGCAAAAGAAGCUCUCUACAGCCGACCAGGUUAUCUCAAUCCACAUGGAAGUACAACGCACGUGGUCUCAUUUGGAAAGCAUCUUCAUCGGCUCUGAGGAUAUCCGUAACCAAUUGCCUGAAGAUUCCAAACGCUUUGAUGGAAUAGAUACGGACUUCAAGGAGCUGGUGAGCCAAAUGGAGAGGACCAAGAACGUGGUGGAAUCCACCAACCAGCCUCGGCUAUACGAGCGGCUAGAGGCAUUGCAGGGCCAGCUAUCUCUUUGUGAGAAGGCUCUGGCCGAGUACCUGGAGACCAAGCGCCUCGCCUUCCCUCGCUUCUACUUUGUCUCUUCCUCCGAUCUUCUAGACAUUCUGUCGAAUGGCAACAACCCUACUUCAGUCGCUCGCCACUUGACGAAGUUGUUUGACAGUAUGGCCAAGCUAAAAUUUGAGAAGGACUCUGAAGGUAACGACGCCAAGGUGGCGCUGGGAAUGUUCAGUAAAGAUGGAGAGUACGUGGAUAUGGACCAAGCCUGCGACCUUGGUGGCCAGGUGGAGAUCUGGUUGAACCGUCUGUUGGAGAGACAGUGUGCAACUGUGCGCCACGAGAUGACAGAGGCCGUACAAGGCUACGAGGAAAAGCCACGUGACCAAUGGCUGUUUGACUUCCCAGCUCAAGUAGCCUUAUGCGGCACCCAGAUCUGGUGGACCACAGAAGUCAAUAUUGCCUUCGGCCGUCUGGAAGAAGGUUACGAGAAUGCCCUCAAGGACUACAACAAGAAACAGGUCGCGCAGCUCAACGCCCUCAUCACCAUGCUGUUGGGCGACCUGUCCUCGGGAGACCGCCAGAAAAUUAUGACGAUCUGCACGAUCGACGUGCACGCGCGUGACGUGGUGUCCAAGAUGAUCACUCAGAAGGUGGAGAGCUCGCAGGCCUUCCUCUGGCUUUCGCAGCUCCGGCACCGCUGGGACGAAGGAGAGAAGGACUGCCUGGCCAACAUUUGUGAUGCUCAGUUCCGCUACUCUCACGAGUACCUGGGCAACACGCCCCGGCUUGUGAUUACACCCCUCACUGACAGAUGCUACAUCACUCUGACCCAGUCUUUGCACCUGAUCAUGAGCGGGGCUCCCGCAGGACCAGCCGGCACGGGCAAAACAGAAACAACCAAGGACUUAGGACGCGCUCUGGGCAUCAUGGUCUACGUCUUCAACUGCUCCGAGCAGAUGGACUACAAGUCCGUCGGCAACAUCUAUAAAGGUUUGGCCCAGUCUGGAGCCUGGGGAUGCUUUGACGAGUUCAAUCGCAUUGCCGUCGAGGUGCUGUCCGUGGUGGCUGUGCAGGUGAAGUGCAUCCAGGACGCCAUCCGCGACAAAAAGAGCGUCUUCAACUUCCUGGGAGAGAACAUCAAACUGAAACAGACCGUUGGAAUCUUCAUCACUAUGAACCCUGGCUAUGCCGGCCGCACCGAACUUCCCGAGAACCUCAAAGCUCUCUUCAGACCGUGUGCUAUGGUGGUACCCGACUUUGAGCUGAUCUGUGAAAUCAUGUUGGUGGCUGAGGGCUUCAUCGACGCUCGUCUGCUGGCCAGGAAGUUCAUCACUCUCUACAGCCUCUGCCGGGAGCUGCUGUCCAAGCAGGACCAUUACGACUGGGGUCUACGAGCCAUCAAGUCUGUGCUGGUGGUGGCUGGAGCUCUGAAGAGGAACGACCGCGGCCGUCCUGAGGAUCAGGUUCUCAUGAGGGCCCUGCGUGACUUCAACAUUCCCAAAAUCGUGACAGACGACCUGCCUGUGUUCAUGGGUCUCAUCGGUGACCUGUUCCCCGCCCUAGACGUGCCUAGAAAGCGGGACCUGGACUUCGAGAAGCAGAUUCGCCAGGCCACUCUGGACCAGAAGUUGCAGCCAGAGGAUAAUUUCAUCCUCAAGGUGGUGCAGCUGAAGGAACUGCUGGAGGUGCGUCACUCCGUCUUCGUGCUGGGCAACGCGGGUUCCGGAAAGUCCAAGGUCUGGAACACUCUACAGCGAACCUACAAGAAUCUAGGGCAGAAACCCACGGCCGCUGAUCUUGACCCUAAGGCUGUGACAAACGAUGAGCUGUUUGGGGUUAUCAAUCCAGCUACCAGGGAGUGGAAAGAUGGUCUCUUCUCGGUCAUCAUGCGAGAUUUGGCCAACAUGGGUGGCGACGGGCCCAAGUGGAUCGUGCUGGACGGCGACAUCGACCCCAUGUGGAUCGAGUCGCUGAACACGGUGAUGGACGACAACAAGAUCCUGACACUCGCCAGCAACGAGCGCAUCCCGCUGACGCCAUCCAUGAGGCUCAUCUUCGAGAUCAGCCACCUCAAGACCGCGACACCAGCCACUGUGUCCAGGGCCGGCAUCCUCUUCGUCAACCCGCAGGAUCUCGGCUGGAACCCGUACGUUCAGAGCUGGAUUGACAAGCGCGAAGUCCAGUCGGAGAGAGCCAACCUGACCAUCCUCUUCGACAAGUACGUGCCCAUGUGCCUGGAGGUGUUACGAACCCGCUUCAAGAAGAUCACGCCCAUAGUGGAGAUUUCCCACGUCCAGAUGCUUUGUCAUCUCCUGGAGUGUCUUCUGACCCCGGAGAACACUCCACCAGACUGUCCGAAGGAGUUGUAUGAGCUCUACUUCGUCUUCUCUUGUGUCUGGGCCUUUGGAAGCUGCAUGUUUCAGGAUCAGCUUGUCGAUUAUCGAGUUGAAUUCACCAAAUGGUGGACGACGGACUUCAAGACCAUUAAGUUCCCUACAGCAGGCACAGUCUUCGACUACUACAUCGAUCCAGAGACCAAAAAAUUUGAGCCAUGGACAAAGAAAGUUCCUAAGUUUGAGUUCGAUCCAGAAUUGCCUUUGCAGGCCGCCCUCGUGCACACGUCGGAGACCACGCGUAUCCGCUACUUCCUGGACAUGCUGAUUGACAAGCGGCGUCCAGUCAUGCUGGUGGGCAACGCCGGAACGGGCAAAACUGUGCUGAUGCAGAAUAAACUCAGCAACCUGUCCGAUGACUUCAUGGUGGCCAACGUGCCUUUCAACUUCUACACCACCUCCGAGAUGCUUCAGCGGGUUCUGGAAAAACCUCUCGAGAAGAAGGCCGGCCGCAACUUUGGUCCCCCAGGCACGCGUCGCCUGAUCUACUUCGUCGACGACAUGAACAUGCCUGAGGUGGACAAGUACUACACCGUGCAACCGCACACUCUGAUCCGACAACACAUCGACCAUGGCCACUGGUACGACAGGGCGAAACUCACUCUGAAGGAGAUCCACAACACUCAGUAUGUGUCCUGCAUGAACCCCACCGCCGGCUCCUUCACCAUUGACUCGCGAUUGCAACGCCACUUCUGCGUGUUCGCCAUCAGCUUCCCCAAUCAGGAUGCUCUGUCUACCAUCUACAUGAGCAUCCUCAGCCAGCACCUGGCUCUGGCCAACUUCCUUGGCCCCGUGCAGAAAUUCUCCCAGAACCUCGUGAAUGGCGCUUUGGGCCUGCACGCCAAGAUCGCCUCGACAUUCCUGCCCACCGCCAUUAAGUUCCACUACGUCUUCAACCUUCGUGAUCUCUCCAAUAUCUUUCAGGGUCUUUUGUUUUCCGGGCCUGAUUGUUGUAAAACACCGCUGGAGCUCAUUCGCUUGUGGCUGCACGAGACUGAUCGAGUGUAUCGUGACAAGUUGAUUGAUGAGACUGACCUGGCUACCUUCGAUAAGGUUCAAAAGGAAACCGUCAAGAAAUGCUUCGAGGAUGCCGACGAAAACUUUGUUUUCUCGAAGCCCCUUAUUUACUGCCACUUUGCGCAAGGCAUCGGCGAAGCCAAGUACCUGCCGGUGGUCGGCUGGCCCGAGCUAAACAAGAUCCUGGUGGAAGCUCUGGACAACUACAACGAGCUGAACGCCGCCAUGAACCUGGUGAUGUUCGAGGACGCCAUGAUGCACGUGUGCCGCAUCAACCGCAUCCUGGAGUCGCCUCGCGGCAACGCGCUGCUGAUCGGCGUGGGCGGCAGCGGCAAGCAGUCUCUAUCCCGUCUGGCCGCCUCCAUCAGCAGCCUCGAGGUUUUUCAGAUCUCACUGAAGAAAGGCUAUGCCAUUCCCGAUCUCAAGGCAGAUUUAGCCGCCCUGUACCGGAAGUCUGGCUUGAAGGGCAUUGGCGUGGUCUUUCUCAUGACUGACGCACAGGUGUCGAACGAACAAUUCCUCGUUUUGAUUAACGAUCUUCUGGCCUCGGGAGAGAUUCCUGAACUGUUUGCUGACGAUGAAGUGGAAGAGGUCAUUGCUGGCGUGCGCAACGAGGUCAAAGGGCUGGGCAUGGAGGACACACGAGAGAACUGCUGGCGAUUCUUCAUCGACAAAGUACGACGGCUGUUAAAGGUGGUGCUUUGUUUCUCACCUGUUGGUGCCACGCUACGAGUGCGCAGCCGUAAGUUCCCUGCGGUCACCAACUGCACUUCCAUCGACUGGUUCCACGAGUGGCCCGAAGAGGCUCUCAUUUCUGUCAGCGCCCGCUUCUUAGAAGAUGUUGAUGUGGAUUCCCAGACUCGAGAGUCUAUUUCCAAGUUCAUGGCCUACGUGCACAAGUCUGUGAAUGAAAUCAGCCAGCAGUACCUCAUCAACGAACGUCGUUACAACUACACCACGCCCAAGAGCUUCCUGGAGCAGAUCACUCUGUACCAGAACCUGCUGAAAAAGAAAAAUCUGGAGCUGCAGGCCAAGAUCGUGCGUCUGGAGAACGGUCUGGAGAAACUUAGGAGCACCGCCUCACAGGUGGACGACCUAAAAGCCAAACUGGCAUCUCAGGAGGUGGAACUUGCCCAGAAAAACGAGGACGCCAACAAGCUAAUCCAGGUGGUGGGAGCCGAGACAGAGAAGGUGUCGAAGGAGAAGGCCAUCGCCGACGAAGAAGAAGCCAAAGUAUCUAAGAUCACCAUUGAGGUGGAAGCGAAACAAAGGGAUUGUGAAGAAGAUCUGGCCAAAGCUGAGCCUGCUUUGUUGGCUGCAAAGGAAGCUUUGAACACUCUGAACAAGAACAACUUGACAGAACUCAAGUCUUUCGGCACCCCUCCUACUGCAGUGACAAAUGUGACAGCUGCAGUGAUGUGUCUCUUGGCGCCAGGAGGAAAAGUUCCGAAAGAUAAGAGCUGGAAGAAUGCCAAGGCAACGAUCAUGGGCAAGAUAGACCAGUUCCUCGACAAUCUGAUCAACUACGAUAAAGACAACAUUCAUGAAAACUGCCGCAAAGCCGUGCAACCCUACUUGGACGAUCCAGAGUUCGAACCCGAGUUCAUCCGGGCAAAGUCUUUCGCUGCGGCCGGCCUCUGCUCGUGGGCCAUCAACAUCAUGAGGUAUUACACGGUGUUCUGUGAGGUAGAGCCCAAGCGCAUCGCCUUGGCGCAGGCCAACAGCGACCUUAACACGGCGCGCGAGAAACUGCGGGUCAUCAAGGCCAAGGUAUCUGACCUGGAAGCCGCACUCGCCAAGCUUCAGGCAGAGUUCGAGCACGCCACGGCCGAGAAGCUGCGCUGCCAACAGGAGGCAGAAAUGACGGCCAAGACCAUCGAGCUGGCCAACCGACUGGUAGGCGGGCUGGCAUCAGAGAACGUGCGCUGGGCCGAGUCGAUCAAAGAAUACCGCGUGAACGAGAAGACGCUACCCGGAGACACGCUGAUGAUCACAGCCUUCGUGUCGUAUGUGGGCUGUUUCACCAAGCGCUACCGAACGGAGCUGCUAGACAACUGCUGGCUCCCCUACCUUAAGGGUCUGAAAUACCCCAUCCCGGUGUCCGAGGGACUGGACCCGCUGACCAUGCUCAUUGACGACGCGGACAUCGCAGGCUGGAACAAUGAGGGACUGCCAGGUGACCGCAUGUCCACAGAGAACGCCACCAUCCUGACUAAUUGCGAGCGCUGGCCCCUGAUGAUCGACCCGCAGCUGCAGGGCAUCAAGUGGAUCAAGACGCGUUACGGCGCGGACCUGAAGGUGGUGCGGCUGGGCUCUAAGGGUUACCUUGACAUCAUCGAGCGCGCCGUUUCCAACGGCGACGUGGUGCUGCUGGAAAAUCUGGGAGAGACAAUGGAUCCCGUGCUUGACUCGCUGCUGGGCCGAAACACCAUCAAGAAGGGCCGUGCCAUCAAGAUGGGGGAUAAAGAGGUAGAGUACAACAAGGACUUCCGUCUCAUCCUGCAGACCAAGCUUGCUAACCCUCACUACAAGCCCGAGAUGCAGGCGCAAACCACUCUCAUCAACUUCACCGUCACCAGGGACGGCCUGGAGGAUCAGUUGCUCGGUGCCGUGGUCAGCAAGGAGCGCCCGGACCUUGAGAAGCUCAAGUCAGACCUCACGCGCCAGCAGAACGAAUUCAAAAUCACACUGAAGGAGCUGGAGGAUAAUCUGUUGGCUCGCCUGUCGGCCGCGGAGGGCAACUUUCUUGGUGACUAUGAACUCGUCGAGAACCUCGAGACGACCAAGCGCACGGCAGCUGAGAUCGAGGUCAAAGCCAAGGAGGCCAAGCACACAGAAGUGGAGAUCAACCUGGCCCGAGAGAACUACCGCCCAGCUGCCGCCAGAGCUUCCUUGCUGUACUUUCUCAUGAACGACUUGCACAAGAUCAAUCCCAUGUACCAAUUCUCAUUGAAGGCCUUCAGUGUGGUUUUUGACAAGGCCAUCGAUAAAGCCGAUCCUUCUGACGAGGUUAAGCAACGUGUAAAGAACCUGAUCGACUGCAUCACAUACUCAGUGUUUGUCUACACUACACGUGGUCUUUUUGAAAAGGACAAGCUUAUCUUCAUCACACAGAUGACCUUCCAGAUUUUAAUGAUGAACAAAGAAAUCAACUCUGUGGAGCUCGACUUCCUGUUGCGUUUUCCCGCAACACCGAACGUGACCACGCCAGUGGACUUUCUCAGCAACAACUCUUGGGGCGGAAUUAAGGCCUUGUCCAACAUGGAAGAGUUCAGGAACCUCGACCGCGAUAUCGAAGGCUCUGCCAAACGCUGGAAGAAAUUCGUGGAAAGCGAGUGCCCUGAGAAGGAGAAAUUUCCCCAAGAGUGGAAGAACAAAACUUCUCUGCAGAAGCUGUGCAUGAUGCGUGCUCUCAGGCCUGACAGAAUGUCUUAUGCCGUCAGAGGUUUUGUGGAAGAGAAGCUAGGAGGCAAGUAUGUAGAAGGACGCUCCAUUGAGUUCGCCAAGUCCUACGAAGAGUCUGGACCUGCGACGCCAAUAUUCUUUAUCCUGUCCCCGGGUGUGGACCCGCUGAAGGACGUGGAAGCUUUGGGCAAGAAGCUUGGCUUUACCGAUGAUAGCCGCAACUUUCACAACAUCUCGCUUGGCCAGGGCCAGGAAAUUGUCGCCGAGCAAGCGAUGGAACUGGCCGCCAAAGAUGGGCAUUGGGUGGUACUUCAGAACGUACACCUUGUAGCUAAGUGGCUGCCCAAGCUAGAGAAGACGUUGGAGGAAUAUGCAGAGGUCAGCAACGAAAACUACAGGCUCUUCAUCAGUGCCGAGCCAGCUGGUUCCCCUGAUGCCCACAUCAUCCCACAGGGUAUCCUAGAGUCUGCUAUCAAGAUCACUAACGAACCACCUACAGGCAUGUACGCCAAUCUCCAUAAGGCCCUGGACAACUUUAACCAGGAAACCCUGGAGAUGUGUGCCCGCGAGAACGAGUUUAAGAGCAUCCUCUUUGCCCUGUGCUAUUUCCACGCCGUCGUUUGUGAGCGUCGUAAAUUCGGGCCCAUCGGCUGGAACCGAGUGUACCCCUUCAACACGGGUGACCUAACAAUCAGUGUCAACGUGCUCUACAACUACCUGGAAGCCAACGCCAAGGUACCGUGGACGGACCUGCGCUACCUGUUCGGCGAGAUCAUGUAUGGCGGUCACAUCACUGACGACUGGGAUCGGACUCUUUGCCGGACUUACCUGGAGGUCUACAUGCACCCCGACAUGUUCGAUGGCGAGCUGUACUUGGCCCCUGGCUUCCCCAUCCCUCCCAACUCCGACUAUAAAGGUUACCACACGUAUAUCGACGAGGCGCUGCCGCCAGAGAGUCCCUACCUGUACGGCCUUCACCCCAACGCUGAGAUCGAGUUCCUGACGACGCUGUGCGACAACCUCUUCAGGACGGUUCUCGAGAUGCAACCGCGCGACAGCGGCAGCGGCGGGGGAACCGGGGCCAGUCGAGAGGAAAAGGUAAAAGCGCUGCUGGACGAGAUCCUAGAGAAACUGCCGGACGAGUUCAACAUGACAGAGAUCAUGGCCAAGGUGCCGCCUGAGGAACGAACCCCGUACGUCGUGGUGGCCUUCCAGGAGUGUGAGCGUAUGAACAUGCUGACCUCGGAGCUCCGCCGCUCUCUCAAGGAGCUGGACUUGGGCCUCAAGGGAGAGUUGACCAUCACCGCUGACAUGGAGGAACUGUCCAACGCACUCUUUCUGGAUGUGGUGCCAGCCAAGUGGGCGCGGCGCGCCUAUCCGUCGUUGUACAACCUCGCCGCGUGGUAUGCCGACCUGCUGCAGCGCAUCAAGGAGCUGGAGACCUGGACCUCAGACUUCCAACUGCCCGCCGCGGUGUGGCUGGCCGGCUUCUUUAACCCGCAGUCCUUCCUGACCGCCAUCAUGCAGCAAAUGGCGCGCAAGAAUGAGUGGCCUCUGGACCGCAUGGUGCUGCAGUGUGACGUCACCAAGAAGACGCGCGAGGACAUGGCCGGCCCUCCGCGUGAGGGGGCGUACGUGCAUGGUCUUUACAUGGAAGGAGCUCGGUGGGACACGCAGACUGGCAUGAUCACGGAAGCCCGCCUCAAGGAGUUGAACCCUCAGAUGCCGGUCAUCUUCAUCAAGGCCAUCCCUGUAGAUCGCCAAGACUUGCGCGGCAUGUACCAGUGCCCGGUGUACAAGACCAAGACACGCGGUCCCACUUUUGUUUGGACCUUCAACCUGAAGUCCAAAGAGAAGGUCAGCAAGUGGGUGCUCGGGGGCGUGGCAAUUCUGCUGCAAGUUUAAGAGCAAUUGGCGGAUGAGAAAAUCUACGUUUAUGAAUUUCAAUUUCAAACGGUAACCGUUAACUUAAAGUUUAAAAAAAAAACAACCUCCGAUUGAUAACAAAACAUAUUUUUGUACGAAUGCAGUGAAAGUGGUGUGUGUUGUGAAUGCUACCUUCACGGGAGUGUGACGAGCCUCAAGACUUUGUGUGUUUUUUUCUUUGACCUGUUCAUUCCGUCCUCAUUGCAUUGUCCGGCAUUGCCACUUCAGAAUUUUACAGUACAGUUGUGAAGAAUAUUUUUAUGAAGACUGACAUGUUUGCAAGCAGUGGUGUUCUAUGGGCAAAAAGAUCAAACAAAGGCGCUACAGUGCUGUUUAUUAGGGAAUUGGACUUCUGGAGGUUGCUUCCAGUCAACCAACAGCGAGAAAAAAAUUACUUUUUAGGAUUUUUUUUCCUGUCAGUGAACUUAUCAAACUUUAGAGCACGCUAUCGCUGCCAUAAUCUGACGGUUUUUUUCUCUUUUUUUUAUCUUUUGUUGUUAUUCUUUUUGUGAUCCUCUACCUUUCAUAACCUGAUUGUGUGGGAGAAGACGUUCAGCUUGGUUAAGACUUGAACAUUUACUUGCAGACAGAUGUGUCUGUUUUUGUUUCUGAUGCUUGCUAGAUGUGAAAGCAGCGGCGAACAGUUCACGAGACGAAAGAUUGCGUGUUUAUAAAUAUUCACUUCAAUGUCGCUUGUUUGUUGUAGAAUACAUUGAGAAAAUAUACAACAUUAUGCAAACUAAUUAUUUAUUUUGUUUGUAAAAUUAUGUGAGGAAUACAAAGAUUAAAAUGAUGGAUAUAAGAAAAGAAUGUUUUAUAUAGGUGGAAAUAAAUUGUUUAACUGCCUGAAUAAAAGAAUACUAUAUUUC